AUUAAAACAACACAUAACACACAAUUACUACGCCUUGUUACCCUUACUAAGGUAGCUUUCGCAGUUACAAUAUUUCUAUAUUCCGCCAGUCUUAAGUUUGAAUAGAUAAUCUCGACGCUUCCUUCUUACCUACCUACCCACCAACUCAACCUACGGAAAUAUAUUUGCUAACUACCUAAAAUCUCACCAAGAAGUCACUAUCUUAGGCCUAUUCGAACGUCGAAAGUCGGGCGGAAGGCUCGGACAUUAGUUUCAGCUGGAAUGGAGGAAGUCCGGUCAACUGCAGUUAUCGCAACAACUGUAGCGGUAACCGUCGCACUCACUUCGCUCGCCCGUUUUGCACUAUGGCCUGAGAAGAAAGCCAUCAUUCCCGGUCCUCUCUCGACGGGAUUUCACAAAUUGUCCAAAGAUGAACUUGCUCGGGUUCCGUAUAGUCCGGACACAUUUCCCGGCGCCCGGGAUGUAGUUACGCCAUAUGGCAAUAUUCGUGUAUACGAAUUUGGACCUGAAGAUGGUCGCAAAGUCUUAUUCAUCCACGGAAUCAGUACAUCAUGCAUGACUCUUAAGGAUAUUGCGAUACCGCUUGCUGAGAAGGGCUGUCGAGUUAUGCUUUUUGACUUAUUUGGCCGAGGUUUCUCUGAUGCGCCUGGUGAUGUGCCUUACGACACACGACUAUUUGUCACUCAGAUAUUACUUGUGCUAGCAUCAUCGUCGCUGUCAUGGACAGGCGAUAAUGGCCUUCAUGUCGUCGGUUACUCGCUUGGCGGUGGCAUUGCUGCCAACUUCGCAGCCACAUUUCCCAACAUGGUCGAGACUUUAAUACUCCUCGCACCCGCGGGACUCAUCCGCCCGGAAAACUUCGGCGGUAUAAGUCGGCUCAUUUUCACAUCCGGCAUCGUUCCAGAGCGUAUUCUUUCAUGGAUUACCAAGUACCGCUUACGGCAACCCAUCGCCUCGUCCGUGUCUAAGAAGGUUAGGAUGUCGAUUUCCGACGCAUCCACCAAAGCUCCCCUUAAGAGCGAGCAUAGCGAGGACUACGUCGAUCUCGCGAUACAAGAAGCCAUAGAUCCCGUAGAUGAGCCGCCUCAGACCCCCUUCGAGAUCCAGGUUAUGGAUUGCGUACACUGGACGCUCGAUGCCCACAAAGGAUUCGUACAAGCUUUCAUGUCCACAAUUCGAUAUGCGCCAUUAAUGGACCAGCAUGACUAUUGGCGACAGCUGGCCAAGCGAAAGCCCGGAACUACCGCCGUGUUGCUCGGGAAGAAUGAUAAUAUGAUUCAGCGAGACGAUUAUACCGAAGAUGCGCUUCCCCUUCUCGGCGGGAAGGAGAAUGUAUAUUGGCGUGUCGUACCCGGAUCGCAUAACUUUCCUUUUACACACGGAUCUCAGGCGCUGGAACGUAUCUACGAGUUUUGGGGUAUGGAAUGAAUAGGAGUUCAAGGACAAGGAGUCUGGAUACGGCGUUUGGAGCGGCUGGUAGAUUACUAGACAUUAUAAAUCCCUUGCUGGUAACAUGGUCACGAUUCCUACAGAGACGUUUAUAGACUGGAGAGAAUUGUAUCAUU